AUGAGAAGAAUUGUAGCGAAUUGCGUGCUCUCCAACAAAACAGCAGCAAAGAAAGCCCUUUCAUCAUCAUCUCUUGCACUCCAUUUCAUCAAGCAAAAUGCCAUUAAAAGCACUACCAUGGCCAUCUCAUCAUCGGGUUAUUCCUUACAAAUCAGAAAUAAAGCAAUUGAUAAUUCUUGGGAUCAACAACAAAAAGCCAAAUUGGAGCACACCUAUUUAACCAUUGAACAAUCCAAAGAGGCUGUUAAAACAUUGCGAAAUGAAUUGGAGGUUAAUUUAAAGAAUGAGAUUGAUGCAAUUUCCAAGAUGUCUAAUGCCAACGAAUUGAAUGAAAAGUACAUCAAGUUUUUGGAGAUGAUGAACAAGGCCAGAAGUGCUGUCUGUGCCAAGUUCAAUAUUAACUCGGGAAAUGAUGACACCAAUGAUCGUAGACUCCGUAUCUCUUUGGGAAGAAAUAGUGCUAAGGAUGAAGAAUUACUCAAUGAGAUGGAUGAUUUACAAUUAUUCUUGGCCAAGUCAUGUUUUGGAAUUGAGAAGAUAGAGAGUAUACUUGAGAAAAUGCAAGUGUUAGCCAUUUAUCAAUUAUCUAGACACAAAUUACAGGAAGAAUAUGAAAGCAAAGCAAGUACCAUGAGCAUCUCAGAUUUCUAUCCACAAUCUCGUAUUUCACUUUUUAAUAUUGAAAGAGAUUUACUUAAACAAUUUGCUGUGGACAUUGCAAAAAUCGAAAAAAGAAAGAGACAAUUUGAAAACAAUGAACUGAGUGAUGCAGAAAAGAUGAAACCUUAUGAAAUUUGGAAAGAUGAGAUCACUGUUGAUGAAUCAGAAAUUACAAACAAACUAGACAAACCAGAGGAUUGGAUUAUAUUUAGAUUCCUUUUAAAUGAUUUACUCUAUAGAUUUGGAUAA